AUGGAGCCACAACUGGUACGACUUUCCAAAACAGUCACAAUUUUCGUCACUUUCUUCGGGCUUAUUAAAACUCUGAGUGCCGCUUGUUUGCCGAAUUCGACGCAGUUUGAGUCGUCGUGUUACAGCUUCUUGAACAUAACGACCUGGGCUAAUGGCCAGAAAUGGUGCCAAGAGAUUGGUACCAUGCACAUGGUUAUCGAAUCCGCCGAAGAGAAUGCCUUCAUCAUCCAGGAAAUGAGACUACGAGAUAUGGCGCACGCCUGGAUCGGCUGUAGUGACGAACAGACAGAAGGGGCAUGGGUGUGCCAUUUCGCUGAUGGGGUUACGAGAGCCAUGUCGUACGCCGACUGGAGAAGCGACCAGCCAAAUAAUUGGAAAAACCAGGACUGUGCAAGUGUAAGAAGCGACAACGGGAAGUGGAUGGACGACUUCUGUCAUCACCAUGAGCGAUUCUACGUUGUCUGCGAGACCAACAGCACCAAAGUGGAGAUUCCGCCAGCCGUAGUCUCCUCUUCAGCCGGCACUGUGACCUGCUACAUCAUGGGUGCCGACGGACGUCUUCGUCCCUAG